AUGACUGGGAGUCGAUACAUCUGGAUCACUGGCAUUUCCCUCAUGCUGACAUCUGUGGCACUGGCAGCAUAUCCUUUAGCUAAUGUGGCACUAAAAGGAGAUGCCACUCAGUCAUCAACACUUUCUUUCGCUGCUGCCUCCAAAGCCAUUGAUGGGAGACGGAUCUCAUACUACAGCCGUGGGUUCUGUAGUCACACAGCAGAGAAUGAGACCGACCCCUGGUGGAGUGUGGACCUGCAACGGACAUAUAUAGUGACAUCUGUCAAAGUCACCAAUAGAGGAGACUGCUGUGCUGAGAGGCUGGAUGGAGCUGAGAUCCGAAUUGGGAACUCACAAGAGAACAAUGGAAACAACAACCCCAGGUGUGCUUCCAUCCCCCAAAUCAAAGCUGGCAAAACCUGCACAUACUACUGUGAUGGGGGUGGAAUGGAGGGUCGCUUUGUGAACGUGAUUAUCCCUGGAAAGAAGAAGACUCUCACCCUGUGCGAAGUGGAGGUGUAUGCUGUCCCAUCAGAGUUGUGGUCUCGGAGUCAGCACAUCAGCUCCAGACAGCAGUUCUCACAAGUCUCCUGCUACUAUAACUAA